GGAUAACUCUAACCUGGAAGAGAAACUGUCUCAGUUACAACAAAAAGAAGAGGAUAUGAAAUCUCUGCAAGAAGAAUUAUCCAUGUUGGAAGAGAUCAGACAAGGCCACCUGUGCCGAAGAUGUCUGAGAGGUGCAGACGAGCGAUCGAUAAUGGCUGAGGAGGAAGACGAGGAGUUGAGUGUCAUCGACUCGCUAGUCGACGAAACGCAGCGCAAUUCAGUGCUCAUGCAACUGCAGGAAUCCCUGGGCGAAAGCUGUCAAGGUGACAACCCAUACCGGGUGCUGGUGGAGAAAUACGAGGCACUGUUGAAAGUCCAGCGACAACCAGGCGUCAUCAUUCGGCCGCCACAGACUGUUUCCAGCAACAAUUGCCUGUCUCUACAGGAGGAACUGCAGUUGUCUGGCGAUUUCUCCGCUUUCAACAAAGACGAUUCGGCCGACGAGAACGAAAUGACCGCUGCACCUCGCAAACCUGUCAAAGCGGUCACCAUCAACGGCGGAAAAGCGUUCUCGGCCACCCCAACCGACUUCUCCGAAACCGAAACUUCGUCGUCCGGAUUCUCCGACGAAACCAGCAACAAGGGCACCCAAACGGACGCGCACUUCCCGCCGGGAUCGUUCCUGUGCACGAUAAGCGACGGCGACGAUUGCCGAUUCAGCAUUUACGACGACGCCAGCCCCGUCGAGAGUCGCUUCCGCAAGACGCCCGAAUACCGCCAGCUCUUCCGCGAGAUAUUCGCCGUCCUAAAGCGCGCCGCAGAGGCUAAGGACGAAGGCGAAAAACUGCCUCUACUAGACGACUACAUCACCGCCGUCUGCGAGGACGCUCCCAAGGUUCCCCCGGUCACACCAGCCAAAGAGGAAGCUCCCAACCUCCCCGACUCCGAGGAGACAUCGGAAGCGCCCUCCGAAGACGUCACACCGGAACCGGAAACCAAACAACUCAUCCCCACCACCACUUCACUUCCGGAAACCCCUGUACCGGAACCGGAAGUAGCUCCGGUUUCCGGUUGCACCACUCCUGUUCCUCCCAAACGACAGGAAGUCGAUAUCUCAGAUUACUACUCGUGCGGAGUGAAGAGUAAGAAGAAAUCCAGCAAGAAAAACGUGGUUAAAACAACGACCACGAGUUCUGCAGAGGCGUUCAUCGGUUUGAACGCGAAAGUUUCGUAUUCCAGUAAGGUGACUAGGCGGAAGAGACCUACAGAUAGCCCCAGCAGACAACAGCCGGAUAGGUCCACCUGGUGUGUGUCCACGGGGACAAUCAAAGAUGGCGGACUGCCCAAUAGUUCAGCAGAUGCUGAGCAUCAUCAGCAGACGUUUGCCAGCUCAGCAUCGCAUGAGGUUGCCAAGCUGAAAAUGCUUGAGAAGUCUUAUGCGGAGGUACUUAGGCUGGGGAGGCAGAAGCUCAACAAUCGUAAUUCGUUCCAUCGUAAGUAAAUCGAAAAUCCAAAAUCCAAAAACCGCAUCUAAUUUUAGCCUCCAAAUAGAGGUUGGAAAUCAAGAAAUACGUGAAAAAGAAGAAUCAUAGUAAUAAAGGAUCAAUGAAUAAAAUCGAAAAACGGCAUCAAAUUUCAUCCUGAAAAUAGAGGCUCUUGUUAGAAAUGCAAACUACGAAUGUGCGUCAACAAUAAAUAAUCUGUUCCGUUGCAAGUGAAUAAGAAAUCGAAAAACCGCAUCUAAUUUUAGUCUCCAAAUGGAGGUUAGAAAUCAAGAAAUACGUGGAAAAUGUGAAAAAGAAGAAUCAUAGUAAAGGAUCAAUGAAUAAAAUCGAAAAGCGGCAUCAAAUUUUAUCCUGCUCUUGUUAGAAAUGCAAACUACGAAUGUGCAUCAACAAUAAAUAACCUGUUCCGUUGCAAGUGAAUAAGAAAUCGAAAAACCGCAUCUAAUUUUAGUCUCCAAAUGGAGGUUAGAAAUCAAGAAAUACGUGGAAAAUGUGAAAAAGAAGAAUCAUAGUAAAGGAUCAAUGAAUAAAAUCGAAAAGCGGCAUCAAAUUUUAUCCUGCUCUUGUUAGAAAUGCAAACUACGAAUGUGCAUCAACAAUAAAAAAUUUGUUCCGUGGCAAGCGAAUAAGAAAUCGAAAAACCGCAUCUGAUUUGAGACUCCAAGUAGAGGAGUCCUUAUGAAUUCUACCAGAUUAAACAGGAACUUGACAAACAUCAUCUGUUUAAUCUAUAGAAUUUAUAAGGACAGAGAAAAUCAUAGGUCCAAAAAUGCAAAAAUCAAUGUGUGAAAGAAUUUAUAUGGAUGGAGAAAAUCAUAGGUCCAAAAAUCGAUGUGUAACUGGCUUCAGAAAUGCAAAUUAAAUAAGAGUGUGGAGGAGCAGAGGAGAAGCAUAAAUUGUGUUGAAUAAAAUCAAAGAGAAAUGUAAUUUUAGACUCCAAAUGGAGGCUCUACUUGUACUGUUAUGAAUGGUAAAUAAAGAAUGUGAAGAAUUAAAGCACGAGAAUUUAGAAGAAUUAAUGAUUAAAAUCGAAAAGCAGUAUCUAAUUUUAGUCUCAAAGUAGAGGCUCUUGUUAGAAAUGCAAAAUGAAAAUGUAAAUCACAGGUAAAGAAGCAUAGAAGAUAAGCACUGUGAAGAAUAAAAUCAAGUCAUCAAAUUUAAGCUUCUAAAUAGAGAGGCUCUCAACAAGAAUGCGAAUUUUGCUAAUGGAGAAGCAAUUCAUUGUGAAUUGCAACAAAUGAAUGCAAUUAAAUGCAAGUGGAUGCAAGUGAAUGCAAGUAGAUGCAAGUAAACGCAAGUGAAUGCAAGUAGAUGCAAGUGAAUGCAAGUGAACGCAAUUACAAAUUGUUGAGCCAAAACCCCACCCUCAACAAAUGAGUGCAAUUAAAUGCAGGUAGAUGCAAGAGAACGCAAGAAAACGCAAGUGAAUGCAAGUAGAUGCAAGUGAACGCAAUUACAAUUGUUGAGCCAAACCCCCACCCUACUCAUGACAAUAUUCUUGUUUUUGAUAGCCUAAAUAUCUGACGGCGAAGCUUGGUGUAAUACUACAAAUAUCCCAUCUGCAUUGUCAAAAAUAUUAUUAAUUUAUAACUUAGAGAAAAACUUGAGACUAGAUGAAUAUUAUAACAUAAUGUAUAUUUAUUGUUGAUUAUAUGCUGCCAAUCGUGAAAACAUAGAUACAAUAUCAUGUUAUAACUUAAUUAUAUUAUGAAAAUCGUCAAAUAUAUUGAAUCACUUCUCAAGUUACAUUCAUGUACCGUAUCUAUGAUCAAACAUACCCAGUCAUUCUAUUUAUAAGAAAUUUGUAAUUAAUUUAUUGGAUAAACGUUGAAUUUCUUCAGUUUUAAUAUUUUUUGUAUGACUUGCCUUACAAAUCACCUAUUGGUUGUAUUGUAUUAUUGUCAAUCUUAUAGGAUAUUAACAUCUUUAUUAUAAUAUAUCAAUCUCCUUUUUUGUAGGUUGUAAACUAUUGUAAAUAUUAUCUCUCUCAAUUUAUGGUCUAAACUUGAAUGUAUCCACUUUAUGUACUUUUAUUCAGUGGAAGAAUGAAUGAACUAACUUAUUUGCGUUCAAAAAUUGAUGCAAAAUACUCUAAAAAAUACUUUCUAUUGUAUAAUGUGCCAUGAGUUGUGUAAAUUAUGUGUAUUAUAUCGUAAAUAGCUGUAUCGAUAUUGAUUAUUAUACAGGCUGCAGUGUUUGUGAAUUAUAUGAUUAUAUGAAUAAUCAUGUGAUUAUAUGAAUUAUAUGAUAUUGUCCAUUGUUUCUCAUCCAUCACAAUAUUUGAGAAGUGGACCAAAACCUUUGAGAAAAGUGAAAAAAAAAACAAUUUUCGUCGUACAUGACAAUUGCAGGUCUUUUGUAAAGUAACUUAACUCUCCUUUAAUGUAGAUUGUAUACCAUGUAUGAAAUGAUCUUAUUUCAUAAACAGGAUGUGAAUGAUAAUAAA